GCAACCCACUCCAGUGUUCUUGCCUGGAGAAUCCCAGGGACGGGGGAACCUCGUGGGCUGCCGUCUAUGGGGUCGCACAGAGUCAGACACGACUGAAGCGACUUAGCAGCAACAGCAGCAAGCCCACACAUCUCACCCUCCAGUACAGCUGACGCUUAAUCCAAAAGCUUCAGCUAUGACUCUGUGACCUGGCUUUAUGUUUUCUAAUGUAGGAGUGUAUGCACAAAAGACUGCAAAGAAUUUUUUCCCCUCUAUUUUUUGGCCACUCCUUGCAGCAUGUGAGAUCUUAGUUCCCCAACCAGGGAUCGAACCCGUGCCCCCAGCAGUGGACACGCAGAGUCCUAACCACUGGACCACCAGGGAGGUCUGAAUAAUUUGUUCUGAUCUCAACAACCCAUCUGAAGGCCUGUUAUGUGUCCGGCUCUGGGAAUAUAAUUGUGAACAAAAAUCCUUGGGUGGUUAACCCUCAUGGAGGUUACAGACUGGUUUAACUCCAUUUCCAAGAAACACUGCUUUUAUUUUGGAGGGGGGUAGGGAAUGAACAUGGAGGAACCAGUUCAAACUAAAAAUUUGACUUUGAAAAGUAGUGAAAAUAAUAUCUAGUAUAAGUGCUGGUGCAGGUUUUCUUUAUCUGGAAGGUAAACACUGCAAGCGGUACCCAUUUCCUGGGAGACUCUGGUAUGGGAGAAUAAGCCUCAGUUGCUGAGAGCAUCACUUUCCCCCUGGUCUUAUCUCAUCGGCCCUGCCUUGUAACCAGGGGAGAUGCUGGCACGUGACCACGUGAGUCUGUUCUAAGCAAGGCCAGGGCAGCACAGAAAGUUCUGUCAGCUGGCGGCUAACUGGAACCACCUGGAUACUGUGACUGGUCUUUAAGUUACCUUCCCUUCUGAUUCAGCAAAGAUAUGGGAACUGUGCCCGAGGGGCCAAGGUCUCACGACUGUGUCUCUUGGAUUGCCACUGCUCUGUGAAGGGAACACAUAAAACCCAGUGGCCAUGGGGCCUUUAACUUAAAUCUUUGCAUUACUGUGAUACCACCCGCCCCCCUCCUCAGCGAGUGAAUCAGCUGGUAUCUAGGUGAGCCUUAGGGGGCCUCCACCCUCUUACCCCCAAAUUGAUGUGUUCCCUGGGUGGGGGUGGGGGUCGUUUACUGAGAACAAAAAUUGGUGGCUCUUUGGGGGUGUGACCAGGGCUUUGCCGACCCAUUAGAACAGGCUCUCCUUGGGUCAGGUGGCUUCAAGGACCGGCAGGUCUCCUCGCAGAGGCCAACUCUCCGCGAGGCGCAUUCUUCCGUGGAAUCCCCCGAAUGCGCGUGGGGGCCCCCACAACCGGGCAGCGAACGGGGCCACGAACUUCGUUCCAAACGUCCGCCAGCUGCCUGGACACUGCACUCCCGAGUUCGAGCUCAGUGAUCGGAUGGCGGCGGGCUGACGGCAGAGGCUCUGCUGUCCCGGGACCCGGGUUUCCCGGGAGCGAAGAGUGGGAAGCCCAGUGGCCCGGCGCUACCUCUCCAUCCUCCAGAGAGGCUCCAGACCGAGACUGGUGCCCAGCGCGGCUGAACCCAGGGGCAGGGCCGCCCCGGGGCCUCUCAGGGGCCCGGAAAGGCCCCGGAGGCGGGGCAAGCAGUAAGGCGGGCAGGGCCGCCCGAGAAGGCGCACGAUGCCGCCCGCGACGGCGGCCCCCUCGGUCUCCCUCCGGGAGCUGGCCGACCUCGCCAUCGGCACUCCGGAGGUGGGCGCCGUCAACUUCACGGCCCUGCACACGCUCCUCGUGGCCAUGCUCAAGAGCCUCAACCUGCAGGAUACGCGGAUCGACUUCCAGUCUCCGAUGCUCGACCAGAGUCGCUCCAUUGAGUCCCCGCGGGUGUCGACCAGCACCCCGCAGCUGCCGGCGCCCAAAGAGAGGCGAAGGAGCAGCGUGGCCAGGGCGCAGACGCUGGAGACCCAGGUGAAGGACCUGGGCGGCCAGGUCCAGGACCUCGGCCGGCAGCUCAAAACCAUGGGGAGCCAGGUGCAGGCCAUCGUGGCGCACGUGCAGCACUUCCCCACCCAGACUGGCGGGCUGGACGACCGCGACUGGCUGGAAACGAAGGAUUUGGCCCUGCUGACACAGGAGAAGGGGCAGACAGGGCCGACGAAAGGCAAGAGGGACAGCAAGCCGGUCUUCCAGGGCCCCGAGCUGCUCCAGGACCUCAUGGAAGACAUGAAGAUUUUGAAGGAAGCCCAUCGAAAGAAGGAGCAGCCUGAGUUGCAGCCCGAGCACCUCCUUCAACGGAUUGAAGAACUGGAGAGGAUAAUUAGAGAAAAGGACGAAGUCCUGGAAUUAUUAAACCGGAAGCUGAGUGUGAUGCCGUCUUCAGAAGAGGCCACCAUGGUCACCUGGGAAGAGCUGGAGCAGGCGAUUACUGAUGGCUGGAAGGGCUCACAAACAAUCUCAGAGUCAACAACAGGACUUCAGCGGCGCAAAAGACAGAGUUCCAUAACAUCAAGUGACCUAAUUGCAAGUGGAGUCUCCACAAAAUACCCAAGUGUUGACCAGGCUAUAGACUCUGCUGGUUUCAUCACAAACAAGACCUUUUCAGGAACCAGCGGCAUAGGAUACCCCUUCGAUGGGCCUCCUGGCAGGGAACGAAGCAGAGUUUCCUCUGCCACUGGGUUUCCGGCUAGAGAACAGCACUUAAGGGCCCGUGAUGAAGCUGGCUUGGCCAGACCCCAUCCGCCAUCUAUGUCCCAGUUGAAGGCAGAGCCAGAUCGCCGCCGGUCUAGAGAGCAGCACAGCUCAGGGCAUCUACGCAGAGAUGAACGGGAUGCCCACCUUGGCCCAGCGUAUCAGGAUGUGUUCUUGCCCAGAGAUCGACACCCUCAGGUGUCUCCAGAUCAGCACAGGGGAGUGUUCGCAAGCCAAGGCCACCUCUAUGCAAGGCCAGAUCAAUAUGGAUUCGGAUCGUUUGAUUCGGAUCAGCUUGAUUUGCUGUAUCCCAGCGCUUAUGUGCCUGGCGUGGUUCCCAUCAGUGUGGAUCAGGUUGGAGUGAUGCUGCCUGGAAUGGAUGAGCAGGAAGUGGUACUAGCUGGCAUGGCUCAGAGUGAUGCGGUGCCACCAUUGGUGCCUGGCAGAGAUCAGCCAGAAUCAGAACAGCCUAGUACAGAUCAGCCUGGUACAGUUCCGCUUAGCACAUAUCAGCUUCCUGGAAGGGAUGAGAGUGGUAUGGGACCACUUGGCACGUAUCAGUCUGGAGUGGAACCUCUUGGUGUAGAUCAGCAUGGAUUUGUAAUAUAUCCCAUGGAUCAGCAAGUUUUUGUACAGCCCAGUUUGGGAACAUCUGGCUUCAUACAACCUGGCACAGAGCAGCAUGAGAUGAUCCAGCCUGGUGCAGGCCAGGCUGGUGUGGUGCAGCCCGGCGCAGCCCAGGCUGGUGUGGUGCAGCCCGGCGCAGGCCAGGCUGGUGUGGUGCAGCCCGGCGCAGGCCAGGCUGGUGUGGUGCAGCCCGGUGCAGCCCAGGCUGGUGUGGUGCAGCCCGGCGCAGGCCAGGCUGGUAUAAUGCAGCCUAGAAUGUAUCCACGAGGUUUGGUACAACCUGGGAUGUAUCCACGAGGUUUGGUGCAACCUGAAAUGUAUCCGCGAGGUUUGGUGCAACCUGGUAUAGGUCACCCUGGUUUCAUGCAGCCUAGAAUGCAUCCACGAGGUUUGGUACCACCUAGAAUGUAUCAUCAAGGUUUGGUGCAGCCUGGUGCAGGUCAACCUGGUAUGCUGCAACCUGAUAUAGGUCACCCUGGUUUGGUGCAAUCUGGUGCAGCCCAGGCUGGUGCGGUGCAGCCCGGUGCAGGCCAGGCUGGUGCGGCGCAGCCCAGUGUAGCCCAGGCUGGUGUGGUGCAGCCCGGUGUAGCCCAGGCUGGUGUGGUGCAGCCUGAUGCAGGUCAGCCUGGGUUGGUGCAGCCCGGUGCAAGCCAGGCUGGAGUGGUGCAGCCCGGUGCAGGCCAGGCUGGAGUGGUGCAGCCCGGUGCAGCCCAGGCUGGUGUGGUGCAGCCCGGUGCAGCCCAGGCUGGUGUGGUGCAGCCCGGUGCAGCCCAGGCUGGUGUGGUGCAGCCCGGUGCAGCUCAGGCUGGUGUGGUGCAGCCCGGUGAAGGUCAGCCUGGGUUGGUGCAACCUCAAGUGGAUCAGUAUGGUUUAGUACAGCCUGAUAGAGGUCAACAUGGCUUUUUUCAACCUAAUAUAUCUAUGCCUGGCUUGGUCCCACCUGGGGCAUAUCCUCCUGGUCUAGUCCAGACUGGUGCCUAUCCAGGUGGUUUGAUCCAACAUGGUGCCUACCCACGUGGCUUCAUGCAGCCUGGUGCCGAUCAGCAGGGUUUGGUUCAGCCUGUAAUAGAUCCCCGUUGGGGGAGGCAAUCUGGCACAGGUCGAAGCAUAAUACCACCAGGCACAGAGCUUCUCGGGUUUCCAACAUACCAUGCCGAUUCUCAAAGUUUUACAUCACCACGCCCAUACCAGCAAGGUGUGGCAGCUCCUGGCAGGGAUCAGUAUGGUCGGGUGUCAUCACUCCUAGCCAGUCAAGGUCUGACACCAUCAGGUACAGACCGAGAAGGUUUGGUACUACGAGAAAUGUAUCGACAAGGUUUGCUGCAGCGUGGCCCAACACCAUUAAGCACAGCUGUAGGAUCUGCACCCCAGGAUCAACAGCAUUUGGAAACACCUGAACCAGAGCAGCGUGAUCAGGCUGUUCCCGACUCUAUCCCAGACUCCCAGUGCCUAAUGUAUGGUGGCCCAGGGUAUCAAGGUGUAGAUCAGCAAGUCCAGGUAGGUAUGGGUCCAAAAGAACUAUAUGUCUUACGUCAACCUGGAGUUUCUGUUCAGACUUCCCCAAGCCAAGAGGCCCCCUUUCCCAGGAGCACACACUCCUUUGACUCUCUGAACCGAGGCUCAACCGAAAGGAGUGAUACUCAGAGUGAGAGACAUGAAUCACUGGAUAAAUUGGCUCCUAGCUUCCCCAUAGCAGUGGAAACAUUUCGUAUGAUGGGAGAGAUUAUCGCCCUCUACAUGGAGCUUAAGGAGAACAUAAAGGACCUGGAUGAGGAACAGGCUGGCCAAACGGACUUGGAGAAGAUCCAGUACCUGCUGGCACUGAUGGUCAAGAAGUCCAUACCCCCUGACCUGCAGGAACAGCUGAAGACCUUAAAGGCCUUGACCAAAGAAAUUCGACAACAACAAGCAAAAAUGGAAAAGAUGAGCAAGAUCCUGGAGGGUCAUGGGGAGAAAGAACUAGGAAAGGAGGAGAAAGGUGGCCCGCUGAACCUGCAGCUGGGUAUCCUCAGAGUCACCAUGGCCGACAUUGAGAAGGAGCUGGGUGAGCUGAGGGAGAGCCAAGAGAAGGGCAAGGUCAGCAUGGAACAUUCGGUCUCCGAAGCCUCCAUUUACCUGCAGGAUCAGUUAGACAAGCUCAGGACGAUCAUUGAGAACAUGCUGGCCUCGUCCUCCACGCUGCUGUCCAUGAGCUUGAACAUGGCCCCGCACAAGACCCUGACCACCCUGGCCCCCAGCCAGAUCGACCCUGCGGCCACGUGCCCGGCCUGCAGCCUGGACCUGAGCCACCAGGUCAGCAUGCUGGUGCAGCGCUACGAGCAGCUCCAGAACAUGGUCAGCAACCUGGCUGCCUCCCGGCCCUCCAAGAAGGCCAAGCUGCAGAGCCAGGAUGAAGAGCUGCUGGGCCAUGUCCAGAGCGCCAUCCUGCAGGUGCAGGGCGACUGCGAGAAACUCAACAUCACCACCAGCAACCUCAUCGAAGACCAUCGGCAGAAGCAGAAGGACAUUGAUGUGCUGUACCAGGGUCUGGAGAAGCUGGAGAAGGAGAAGGCCAACAGGGAACACCUGGAGAUGGAAAUCGACGUGAAAGCUGACAAGAGUGCCCUGGCGGCCAAAGUGAGCCGCAUCCAGUUCGACGCCACCACGGAGCAGCUGAACCACAUGAUGCAGGAGCUGGUGGCCAAGAUGACGGGGCAGGAGCAGGACUGGCAGAAGAUGCUGGACAAGCUCCUGGUGGAGAUGGACAACAAGCUGGACCGCCUGGAGUUGGACCCGGUGAAGCAGUCACUGGAGGAUCGGUGGAAAUCCUUGCGACAGCAGCUCAAAGAGCGCUCUCCACUCUACCAGGCGGACGAGGCAGCCGCCAUGCGGAGGCAGCUCUUGGCACACUUCCACUGCCUCUCAUGUGACCGUCCCCUGGAGACACCUGUGACUGGACACCUGAAGCUGGGCAGCAGCGGCUUCCCACGGGGGGACCUGGGGCAGGUGGAGCGGAGCGUGGGGCGCCUGCGCACCAUGCACUCCAAGAUGCUCCUGGACAUCGAGAAGGUGCAGAUCCACUUUGGGGGCUCCGUCAAGGCUAGCAGCCAGAUGAUCCGCGAGCUGCUGCAGGCCCAGUGCCUCAGCUCCCCCUGCUACAAACGGCUGCCAGACAUGGCUGAUUACAGCUACUCCUCCGCGCCCCGGCCCUGCGGGGGCAGCCACACCCUCACCUACCCCUACCGGCGCAUUCGCCUGCAGCACCUUUCGCAGGGACUGUACCCCACCGAGGAGAUCCAGAUCGCCAUGAAGCACGACGAGGUGGACAUCUUGGGCCUGGAUGGACAUAUUUACAAAGGACGGAUGGAAACAAGGCUGCCGGACCUCCUGAACAAAGACAACGCGGGGAUGAAGCACAAGAACAAGCAGUCCCAGCCACACGGGCAUCGGCAGCAGUCCCUCAGCAACGGCGGCCAGCUGCCCUCGCGGCCUCAGAGCGCCCAGACGCUGGCUGCCAGCGACUCAGCUCCUUCCCGUCAUCAGAAAGACAGACCUGUCUCCACCGAGGGCCGUCUCUCCCAGCCGAACCCAGCCCACCUGCCCGGCGAGGCGGCAAACCUGCCAGCGGGACUGGACGUGCACAGGGCCGCACCUGGGGAGGGGCUCGAGGAGCCCACCCAGGGGCCGCGGGCCACCUCUGCUCACUGAGCAGAGCUAUAAAUAAACGCUUAGGAGAAA